AUGCAGUUUUGGAUAACUUUGACAUUUGCAUUGCUUUCGGUUGGCUUCACCUGCAGUGCCCAGGUAGUCACCCCAUCGGCCGCCUCACCCGCUGUGCAAAAGUUCCGCGUUACCCCUCACGAUCUACAAAUACUGGAGGGCACAGAUACGCUGAUGCGCUGUGAGGUGUCCUCGCGCGCAGGGAAGGUUCAAUGGACAAAGGAUGGCUUCGCGUUAGGAUUCUCAGCAGUAAUUCCCGGUUUUCCGCGCUACUCGGUGUUGGUGGAUGCCGCCCAUGGCAUAUAUAAUUUGCAAAUUAAGAACGCCACGCUCGAGGACGAUGCUGAGUACCAGUGCCAGGUGGGCCCGGCCGCUGGCAACCAGGCCAUUCGCGCCAAUGCCAAACUCAGCAUUGUGGCAGCACCCAGCAGCAUUUCCAUUGAUGGCUAUGCACGCAACGCCAAGGUGGAGGUCAUCGAGAGUCAAAACCUAACGCUACAGUGCAUCACGGAGAAUGCUAAUCCGGCGGCAGAGAUUGUCUGGUAUCAGGGCGAGACGCCGAUGACUUUGGCGCCCAUUGUCUCAAUAAAUCAAACAUCGGCCAAGCGUUUCCGCACCAGCUCCACGUUGCAUUUGCAGCCGCGUUCUGACGAUGACUACAAGGAAUUCUCCUGCGAGGCGCGACACAAGGCGCUGCCUCCGGAUGUGCCGAUGCGCGCUCAAGUACAGCUCUCUGUGCUAUACCCACCUGGCCCGCCAUUCUUUGAGGGCUACAGCCAAGGUGAGACUUUGCGUCGUGGCCAGGAGGUUCAAAUCGCUUGUCGCAGUCGUGGUGGCAAUCCUCCAGCACAGUUGGUUUGGUAUCGCAAUGGCGAGGUUAUCAAUUCACCGCAACGCACGUCGGGUCGCCUCUCGGAAAAUGUGUACAAAUUCACGGCCAAUGCAUCGGAUAAUGGCGCCAAUUUGGUCUGCGAGGCUAAAAACCUGCUGUCCAAUACUCCGUUGCGUGCCGAACUUAAUCUCACAGUCCUAUACGCACCGAAGGAUGUUUUCCUGAGCGGCGCUACCCAUGCAAAAGUCGGCGACGCUGUGCAGUUGAACUGCGUGACAGCUCCCUCCAAUCCUCCAGCGCGCAUCAGCUGGUCCAUGAAUGGGCGUCCAUUGAGUAACAGCACUUACAAGACGACAAUCAGCGCUGAUGGUGGCUGGGUGAGCAGCUCCAACAUAACCUUGAAUAUCGAUUCUCAGAGUCGGACCUUCAUCACCGUUUGUCAUGCGCUCAACGCGGAGCUCUCUCAGAAUGUUGUGGGUUCGCACACGGUGAAUGUUUUGUAUCCUCCCUCGCCGCCUCUACUGACCGGCUACAACGAUGGUGACAUUCUCAUCUCCGGUUCGAUUCUAAAACUGCAAUGCAGCUCCGCUGGUGGCAAUCCACCUCCCGCUUUGCAAUGGUACAAGAACGAUAAGCGCCUGAAUGCCGCUUCGAAGGUGACCGAUAACAAAAUCAGCUCGGAGCUGUCGUUGCUGGUGAAUGCCUCCGAUAACAAUGCCAUCUACAAAUGUGAGGUUCAAAAUGCGGCUAUCGAGAUACCAUUAUUCGCCACAAAGACUCUCGGCGUACACUUUCCACCGGAGACAGUCAAAAUAAGUGUUGCCCCCAAGAACCUAGUGCCCGGCAUUCGAGCCAAACUCAUUUGUGAUUCCAGCUCGAGCAAUCCACCCGCGAAAAUCAGCUGGUGGAAGGAUGGCAUACCAGUGGAAGGACUCAAUCUGGCCAAUAGGCCUGGUCUCUGGGGCGGUUCGGUGUCCACACUGGAGAUGCACGUGAACAUUACCCAAGAUCUCGAUGGCUCCAUCUAUACCUGUCAAAGUCACAACGAAGUGCUGCAGCGCAGCGUUCACGAGACCAUCAGCCUGGACAUACUCUUUCCUCCCAAGUUCGACGUUGCUCAGAUUACCAGCUUUGUGGGCGUGGAAGGCGCACCACUACAAGUGGAACUACAUGCCAGUGGUAAUCCCAUGUCCAUUAGCUAUACCUGGACAAAGGACGGUCUGCCCAUUAGCAGCAACCCCUUGAGCGGCCAGCGUUUGAUAUCUGAUGGACCUCGUCUCAAUAUAAGUCGCCUGAGCCGCAACGACGCAGGAGUCUAUGUGUGCGAGGCACUCAACACACAAGGCACAGCCAUGCUGGAGAUUCAAGUGAUUGUAGAAUAUGCACCCAUUAUUACCUCUGUCACGGAGGGUCAAAGCUUUGCAUCUGGCGCACAGGCUGUCCUAGCCUGUCAAGUGCAAGCCCGUCCACUGGAAGCAGCCCAUGUGCGUUGGUCACGACCCGGCUACGAUUUAUCCACACGCACCACUUCCACCUUUGAGAACAACACCGCACUAUUGCACAUUGAUAAUGUUCAGCGUGGGGAUAUUGGCAAUUUCACUUGCACUGUGGACAAUCAACGUGGACCGGCAGCCUCAAAGAGUGUUGUCCUUGUCGUACAGACAUCCCCCGAGAUUGAUCACUCGCCCGGCUACACCCGCUUUGCAGCUCGUUUGGGCGUUCGGGCACAGCUCAUUUGCCGUGCUUUGGCCUCGCCACAGCCCAGUUUCAUUUGGCGUCGCCAUGGCAAGGAUCUCAAGAUGCAGCGACGCAACAAAUUCACGAGCGUGGAGCGCCAGGUGGAUCCGCUGCACUUUGAAUCCGCUUUGCUUGUGGAGAGUACCUCGGCGGAUGACUAUGGACAGUACGAGUGUGUGGUGCGUAAUUCAAUGGGUCAGGCCAGUACAACUCUGGAGUUUAGUAAGCCCACGCGACCGGAUACGCCUCUGCAGCUUCGGGUGGGCAAUAUCAGCGAUACGAGCGUAGAGCUGAUGUGGACACCUGGCUUUGACGGCGGCAUGCAGGUGUAUUAUCGAGUGCGCUUCAAGCAGCAGGGUGAGGAUAAAUACAAGUACAUGGAUGCCAAGGUAGGCCAACAAAACAUCACGCUGGAGGGUCUAAAGCCCGGCGGCACUUACUUCUACUCUGUGAUGGCGCACAAUGAGGCAGGCGGCAGCAAAUUUCUGCCGGACAUCAAGCUCACGCUAAGCAAGGGCUCUCAGCCGCAUUCUGCGGAGUAUACCGAAAAGGAUGAGUUGCCCAAUGUCAUGAUCAUUGGCAUUACUUCCGCGGCCAUGGUGCUGUUGGUGUUGAAUGCUGCACUUGUAGCCUGGUUUGUUAUACGGCGGCAGAAUAAGACACAAGGCGAAACGGAGCCCAGCAAUGAUGAUGCCUACUCUAAGGAUGACAAUCAGUCUGUCUAUAAGGCGGACGUGCAAAAGAAGGCGGCCGCUUCCACAUAUCUCGUCGAGAACGUGGACAUCAUACAGUCCACGGCAUAUCCACCCAAAUACCAGGAGAGCUCUAUGUGCACGCCACCCUAUCCGCUGUGCAAUCCAGAUUUCACGCGCACCCUGCCCAAUCCCAAGCGGCAUAGUCAACGCAACAGCGCAACGGGCCUGAUUGAGGGCAUGCCCAUGCGCGCCAAGGAUGAUCACAUGUUGAUCUCCAAUGGCCUGUAUAUACCAUCUCCAUCGCCUGCCUCCUCGUUGGUCAUCAAGGGCAGCUACAUAUCAUCGCCAUCACCGGCGCCGCCAGCCGACGGCUCCUACUUCAAUAUGAGCGACAAAUACAUGUCCUAUCCACCAGUGACCUACUAAACCAUGCAGCACGUCAAAGACGAAAGACAACAAACACCAGCCAAACCCAGCUGGACUGAUUGACAUAACACAUCACAAAACAAAGCCAACACCAAAAUUAGAAACAACACCAACAACGGAUACAUAAUGAAAUUGAGACAGAGUCAAUUUCAGUCAAUAUGAGUUUUUGUUGAUGCUUUUUGCUAGGGUUUGGUUGUUGCUGUUGCAAGUUUUUUGUUUUCUGUUUAUAAUUAUUACUAAAUGACGUUGAUUAUUAUGGAGCGCAAAUGGAGGAAACAUGUUGAAUGUAUUUUGAGAAAAGACAUUUGCAUGCGGCGCUCGAAGGCUGUGAUAAGUACCUGUAUCCAAGGCUCUCCACUCCACUCCAACCGACUCGAAACGACACGACUCGGCCAACCGCAUCAUGAUACCCAGCACGCACAUCAAAACUUGGAUCCACAUCAAUCAAUCGAAGCGAUGCCGAUGCCGAUGGCGAUGCCGAUGCCAAUGGCAAUGGAUUAGCCUUUGGGGCAGGUGCGCAACCCACUCUACAAAUGCUUGCCCCCUCUCAUCAUCAACCAACAACCGACGAACAACAACAAAUACAACAACAACAACGACAAGAGACGAAAUAGAAGAAGAAGAAUAAGCAGCAGCAUUAGUGGAUACAAAACAACACUCAAAUAUUAAUUUGUAGGCAUUUUUCUUGAUAUUAAGUAGUAGCAAUUACGAUUUUUAGCAUUUAGCGUAAAUAUUAACGAGUCUGUUGAGUCGUGACUCAUUCUCAUUAGCAGUUGUUCAAGUUUAAGCUCUAGACAUACCAAUAUCUCUAUAUACCUUCUUAUAAGCCCAAUAGGCGUAACG